GCAGCGCAUGCGCCGUGCAGCCAAUCACGGGCGUCACACAGCCGCAGCGAUUGCGGACCUGACACGUCGAGUCGCAGCACAGAAGUAGUGGCGGAGGGGAUGGAGACGGAGAGCCGAGACUAGCGACGCCUCAGCCGCCAGCAUGUGUGCAAUGUGCCCGUCUCCUCCCCCCUGAUCCGCUGUGACUGCAGUCGUCCUCCUCCGCGGGGACCACAAUGACGCCCUGCGUGAGUGCACACUAGUGGUCGCGGUACCGCGCAGGAUGCCCAUCUCGAACCCGACCGGCAAGACGCUCCACAACUGUUGUUCCCGUCCCGCGGUGCCGAGGAGGACCGAGCGUUUCCUCCGUCAGCCUCCUCCUCCUGCUGGUGUAUGAUGGAGAGCUCCAAUGGCUCUGCAGGCAGCGAUACCAGAGCGAGCCAGUCGGAGAAGAAGAGACCGAACCGGGCGCCCUCCCCGGCCAGACCUUUCCUGAAGGACGUGCACGCCCGCGCCGCGAAGCCGCCGGCCAUGGGACCCAAAUCGCCCAAACUCGGCAAGCAGCAGGCUCCGAACCGCGGCUCCAGACGCAAUCUCGCCGCCAGGAGCAACGCCAAGGCCGGCCUGGCCAAAAAGCCCGGCAGGCUACCCGGAAGCGAACUGAAAGCAGCCGGCAGCCCGACCCUCGCCAAGGCCAAGAAGGGCAAGCUCGCCUCGGCGUGCACCGGGCCUCUCGGCCAUGGCUCCCCGGUCCGGGUACCGACCGGUCUGGUCGGCCAGACCGAUAGCAGCUCGGAUCUGUCGGACUGCCCGUCCGAGCUGGCGCCGGUGGCCAGCAGCGACGCCGAGUCCGGCACCGGCUCCAGUGAUAGGGAUCGUCCGCUGCGGGCGGAGCCACCUGCGACUCCGGCGACUCCGGCGACUCCGGCGCCUCAUCCCGCCCCCAAGGCUUCGGUGUGCCCGGCCCGGUCCGGUCCGGAGAAGAAAGCCAAAGGAACCGAGGAAGAGCUGCUGAGAGAAAUGGAGGAUUUGAGGUCUGAGAACGAUUAUUUGAAGGACGAGGCGGAAGAGUUGCGGGCGGAGAUGGAGGAGCUGCGCGACACCUACAUGGACGAGGAGGUGUACCAGCUGCAGGAGCUGCGGCGCGAGCUGGAGCGCUCCAACAAGAACUGCCGCAUCCUGCAGUACCGCCUGAGGAAGGCCGAGCAGAAGGGCCUUCGUGCAGCCCAGACGGGACACGUGGACGGGGAGCUGCUGCGCGCCCUCGAGCAGGACCUCAAGGUGGCCAAAGACGUGUCGGUGCGCCUGCACAACGAGCUGGAGAGCGUGGAGGACAAGCGCAGCCGAGCUGAGGACGAGAACGAGCAGCUGCGCCAGAGGAUCAUCGAGGUGGAGAUCUCCAAGCAGGCGCUGCACAACGAGCUGGAGCGGGCCAAAGAGACUGCACUGAGGCGACGAGGGAGCUCAUUUAAGGACAAGAAAUCCACCAGCCAGGAGGACAGUGCUGACCUCAGGUGCCAGCUCCAGUUCGCUAAGGAGGAGUCGGGCCUGAUGCGUAAAAAAAUGGCCAAGCUGGGCCGGGAGAAGGACGAACUGGAGCAGGAGCUGCAGAAGUACAAGUCGGUCUACGGGGAUGUGGACUGUCCUCUUCCCCUGGCUGAGUGCUCAGGCGGCGGCCCCCAUUCCACUCGGGAAGCGGAGCUGCGACUGCGUCUCAAGCUGGUGGAGGAGGAAGCCAACAUCCUGGGGAGGAAGAUCGUGGAGUUGGAGGUGGAGAAUCGCAGCCUGCGGGCCGAAAACGACGACAUCCGCUGCCAGUACGAGCGAGACUGCUUCGGCCGGGAGCCCUUCUCCAGCAUGCCCUCGUCACCCUACGGUGGCGACGUACUUGAGUCGGCUGGCGAGCUCCGUCGUCACCUUCAGUUUGUGGAAGAGGAAGCGGAGCUGCUCCGUCGCUCCAUCACGGAGAUUGAGGACCACAACAGGCAGCUUACCUCGGAGCUCAAUCGCUUCAAAUUCAGUUCUGACCCGGCAGGCGAGGACAGCGGUGAGGGAGGAUUAUUUAAACCCACUAAUGGCUCCAACGGCGGGAUGAUGAUGAUGGAGGAACUGAAAUCUGCCAGGAUGCAGAUCAACGAGCUAAGCGGAAAAGUGAUGAAGCUUCAGUACGAGAACCGGGUUCUCCUAUCUAACGUCCAGCGUUGCGACCUGGCGGCACACUUGGGCCUGAGAACCGGCAGCCCGCGAGACAGCGACGCCGACAGUGAGGGCGGCCGGCGGGAAGCGACUGAAGAUGAGGAGGCAGGGCGACUACUUCUCCUCCAACCCAAGAGGGAGGGCCCUAUUGGCGGAGAGAGCGACUCUGAAGACCUGUUUGAGAAAACCACCACCUCGGGGUUCGGAAGCAUCCGGCCCUCGGAUGGCAUCGAGCUUAGCGCUGCAGAGCACGCCAACCGCCGCAGGGAGGAACGGGAAUCCUUUGCCAAUUUGAAAAGAGAGGCAGAUAGACUUGGGAAGUCUGUGGACCGUCUUAUCACUGAUACGGACAGUCUGAUCCUCGAGGGAAAACUUCUGGUAACGACGGCAGAGGGUCUGCAGGGAGGAGGCGAUCCCCAAGUCCUGGACACUAUCAAUACCUGCAUGAAAGCUUUCCGCACCGAGCUGCACAUCUUCGUGGAGAAGCUGGAACAUGUUGGUGAUGGACUAAGGGACAGGACGGAUGACCUGUCCCCGAUGCCAAACCUCACGGAGUCCAGCAGUUUCCUGUCUACGGUCACCUCAAUGUCGCGGGAUUCUCCCAUUGCCACCUUCGGGAGAGACCUGAUGACGGACUUCCAGUCCGGUCAAAGGGAUGAGCUGGAGUGGCGAGUAGGACAGGAGCGAUGCGUGGAGCCCCACAACCAGAGCAGGGGAGGUGCCGCAGGACUCGCUAGGUACCACAGACCCCUGGUUUUAAGAGGAGAGCUGCGGGAGGCGCCCGCUCUCGACGUGAACCUUCGUCCGGAACACGAACGGCGGCUGAGAAUCGCUGCGGACGAACGGGACUCUCCGAUUGUCUCGUUGCCUCAGGAGGAUGAGCGGUCGCGUCCGGACCCCCAGCGCCCGCGUCUGGAGCUGCCUGGCCUCCUCCAGGGUCCGGAAGCUUGCUGGGCUCAGGAGCGAGCCUCCCUGCAGCAGGAAAUUCGCCUCUUCCGACGCAACACAGCCAUCUUCUACAUGAAGCUCAAGUCCAUCCUGGUGCGUUGGAGGCUCGGAAGCAGGGAUGGCGCAUCUCCCGACGACGGCGCGCAGCCUGAGGUGGAGAAGUUGGAAGGCAUCCCCGAGCUGGGCGGGAUGACGCAGCAGACUGAGGGCAACGGAGGGUCCGUUCUCCCGUCCGUGUCGCCCGAUGGACACCUGCAGUACCAGCAACAGUUUGGGGAGAACCGGCGAAUGCUGCAGGCGCUGCGCACCCUGCUCGAGCAGUUCCGUGAGGAGCUGCGCGAGGAGGACGCGCGCCGCUGCCAACUGCAGCAGGCCUACGCCAACGACAAAGCCGCCUGGGAGGUGAAAUGGGCCGCGAUGAAGUGCCAACUCACUCAGGUGGAAGAGGAGGCGCGAGGCAGAGCGCGAGGCCAAGCUCAGGGGGGCGAAGGAGAAGUGUCGUCCCGGGACGGCGAGUGGGCGCUGAAGCAGGAGCGCGAGGAGCACCGGCGCCUGCUGGCCGAGAGCCACAACACCUCGCUGGACCUGCGCUGGCGCCUGCAGCACGGCGAGAAGCGAUGGAGCCGCGAGAGGGCCGAGCUGCUUGAGCAGUUUGAGCGGCAGAGGCAGGAGUGGGACGGAGGCACCCGUGAACUCCACCACAAGGUGGACAGGCUGCAGAGGGAGCUGAACUGCCGCCAAGGUGAGGGCACCGAGGACGUCGGCUCAUUUACCGGCGCCCGCUCCCCGCGUUCCCCGCGGGCCGCCGCCCCUGUCCCGGUGCCGCCCGUCCGCUCCCUCUCCGACUCGGAGGCCGUGCUCGCGGAGCAAGGGGGGUCUGCCUUCGUGAAACUGAGAAGCCCGACGGAGAGUCCCUCCUUGGACGCUCUGUCUCUGGAUCCCCUCGCCGGUCUGGAGGUCCCCCCUCCCUGCAGGCUGGAGGGUGAGAAGAGGUUCCCCUGUAUGCAGGAGGCCCUCAAUGUGAUUUCCGAGAGAGAAGGCGCUGCGGAGUUGUACCAUGAUGAGGAGAUGGGCGGCGGCAGUUUGCUUAGAGCCAAGUCGGUGUGCUCCAUGAGCGAUUUCCAGCGUCUGAUGGACAGUUCACCGUUCCUCCCGGAUAAGAUGCGCCACGCUGAGCGAGGCCAAGAUGACGUCACUCCGCCCCUUUCACCGGAUGACCUCAAGUACAUUGAGGAGUUCAACAACAAGGGCUGGGACUUCCCGUCAUCCACCGCCGACGACCCGGGCUCCGCUCGAGAGGCGUGGGUUGACAAACCCUCAGAAACGAGGGGAGCGGACCCGGUCAGGGAGUCCCUCCAACCGCCCUCCUGGUUCCUAACCACCAGCGCCAGCCUGACCACCACCAGCACCCUGAACAGCCGGUCGGGCGUGGGAGCAGACGCCUAUGGGGUCCACAUCCUCCACAGCCCCACCAGAUCUGUUCCAGAGCCAGAGUCUGACCUCCUUUACACAAAGGGGAGCAAGGCAAGAGGCGACGGGGAGGCAGAUAGCGGGUCAGAUGAGGUGUUCACUGGCGGAAGGUGGCCAUGUGGCCUUCUAGAAUCCGGGGGCUUAAGGACUUCUCCGAACCAGUCCCCCAUUUGCCCCACUGUGGGUUACGCCUCCUCGCUGGAGCUCCAGCUCUCUCGGAACAUGAGUGAUGACAUGAAGGAGGUGGCCAUUUCUGUGAGGAAAGCCAUCUGCUCCCCACCUGGGCCCGUGGUCCGGGACACAGCCUGCCAAACCAACGGCUUUACCACGCGAGGCACUCAGACCACGCAGACCAUCAGCGUGGGUCUACAGACGGACCUGUUGAGGAACCUGACCAGCAGCCCCCACCGCUGCCUCACCCCGAAAGGGGGUGGCACCCCCGUCUCGUCCCCGUCGCGGAAUACCAGGAAGGUCCAGUACUCGCCCGUCAUCCAGAAUAAGUUUGAGCGGCCUUGCUGCUCGCCGAAGUACGGCUCGCCCAAACUUCAGCGCAAGAUGUCCUCGUCCAACAAGGCGGAGAUACCCAACACCAGCCGCGCCGCCACCCCCACCACUCCUCAGAAAGGCAACAGCGAGUCGGCUUGGGCCCGCUCCACCACCACGCGGGACAGCCCAGUCCACACCACCAUCAACGACGGCCUCUCCAGCCUCUUCAACAUCAUCGACCACACGCCAGUCGUCUACGACGCCAUGCAGAAGUUCAACAAGUCCCCCAGCCACUGCCGCCCCGCAACCGCCACCGAGCCCAGCCCCGACCCCAGGAGCGCCAGGGGCCGCUCGCCCAGCCCCGUGCAGCUGAUAGUGGAAACGGAGGGUGACCGGAACGCCGAGGUGGUGAGCAUUCGGGAGGACCUGUCAGCGCCCCCGGGGCACACGCUGGCCGAGAACGCCGCCCGCAUCCUCAACAAGAAGCUACAAGACGAGAGGAGGAUGCAGGCAGGAGGAGUGGGAAGCAAGCUGGCCGACCCAGAGAGAGCACAGCCCGGAUGCAUGGAGGACCUGCCCCGUUCUCCCGUGGCUCCGCCCUUGGACUCCCGUUUCCUGCGCCCGGCCCGCCCGGCCAAUCGGCGUCCCCCAUCGCGCUGGGCCAACCUCUCGCCGCCCGCCUGCUCCGCGUCCGGGAGGGGGUUCACCUUCCCGUCUCCGGGACGGCGCACGAGCGGCCCGGAAGGCGUGACGCUCGUCCUCUACCUCUGACGUCGUCCCCUCAUUCAUUCCCCCAAAUAAGACUGAGACGCUCAUUGGUCACCUGAGAAACACCAGCUGACCCCUCAGGGGAACAACAACAACAACACAACUUCUUGAAAUGUACUGUAAUCAUCAAGAACAAAAGAAUAGAACUCAUCACACAUUUCCAUAAAAGGUGCCUCUUCACACCUGAGUUCGUCUUUUGUCCAUAUGUGUGCGUGCUUUUUGUUUGUUUUAUAUGUUUUACUUGAAUGAUAUAUUACGGCCGCCGCAAUUCAUACGAUGGAGUGUUUGGGCCACACUAAAAAGACAAAACUAAUUGUACGAUGAGAUGAAAGUCAAAAUAUUACUUGUCAGUUGCAUUUUUUUUCAAGAAAAAAGGUAUACUCUUGAAAAAUAUGAAUUCUUGGAAAAAUCUAAAUGCAUUUUGUCUUGUUUUUCACCAAAAAAACAUUUUCUCCAAAAAUAUCUUUUUCUCAUAUUGUUUUCUUCAUUUUUCUUUUACUUUUAUUCUGGAAAUGUUUUUAAUAAAUUUUUGUUGAAGCCUAUAACUUAUUCUCUUCAAUUUCUAGACUUUUUCCUUGAAAAAGGUUUACUUUUCCCCAAACAAAUUUACGUUUCAUUUUCAUGAGAUUACUUUUUCUAGAAAAUAUUUCAUUCAAAGUAUGACUUCCUUUUUUCUAAAAUCUGAUUUCCUGAAAAAAAAUCAACUUUUCUUGACCCCCCCCUCCCCCCCACACACACACAUAUAAAUGAAAAACUAAACUAAAAAAAUAUUUUUUGUAAGGUUACCUAUUGUAAAGAAAAAAUGUUUAAAGCCUGUUUCACAAAAUGAAUAACGUACGUCAUUCUCACCAAAAAUCACUGUCACUCAAAGAUUCAUUUUAUGAUUGAUUCCUUUUUACUUUUUCUUGAAAAGUAUGAUUUAGUUUCUCAAAAUUUCAUACUUUUUCUUCAAACGUUUGCCCCCCACCCCAGAAAAAAAAUUUUGAUUCUGUAAAAAAAAAAAAAAAAAAAUUCCCAGAAAAAAGGUUUGAGAAUAUUUUUUCUUGAAAAUCAAGUAUGUUUUUAAAAUGUGCAUUUUUCAUCCCCCAAAUGUUUCUGCAAAAUUACUUGCAGUAUCAUUUUGUUUUCAAUUGUUUUGGUUUCUUUUGCGUGUGGCCCUACUAGUUGCUGGCAGGGAGCAACAACUCCAAGUAAAUUUGCAUCUGCGGUGCUUGUUCACAGUGCUUUUGAGUUCCUCACUGGUCUUCUGUGUACGCGUUCACCUUUUGAUUUUUCACUCGAACGUUUUACUGCGUCAAUUCCAAAUGUUUGAAUUGUGAACAGAACUUCUGCUUCGGUGGUGCGAAGCGGAGACACAUGAUGUCAUCCCUCCUGACGCUAACGUUGUCAUUUGUGUAUUUUCUUUAUUUUUAAUAUAAAACACGUGUGAAGAGAAUGAGGAAUUAUGAAUCUCUGCCCGGCAGUUAUCGGUCCAAUAUUUGCAUGACACUAGCACUUUAGUGCACGUACAAGAUGAGCGCUCGUCACUGUUACACUGAAGUGUUUCUCGUUUUUUGUGUUUUUCUAUAGUGUGGACCACUGCACCUUGUCAAUGUGUCUUUGUAUACUUGUUGUACGUCCGAGCAGAAUGUGUUCGAUUUAAAAAAAAAAAAAAAAAAAAAGAAAGAAUGUUUUAG